UCUCUCUCUCUCUCUCUCCAAUCCCCAGAAUCCUCGACGAUCUCCUCCGAUCCCAUCCCUCAAUGGCGGUGAGGGCCACGCUCUCGCGCUUCCCUUCGGACCCUGAUGUCCAGGAGUCUUGUGGUCUUCCAUGGGGUGUGAUUGUCACCCCCUUCGCCCCCGCCGACGAGCUCGGGAACCCGCCGGCGAUCGGAUCCGACGGGGAUCUCCUCCCGCGAUGCGAGAAUUGCUGGGCCUACUUCAACACACACUGCGAGCUCGACCAGUGGUCCUGGAGCUGCAUCCUCUGUGGAUCCCUCAAUGGCCUUACCUCCCGCUCCAUCGAGCGAUACUCCCAUUCCCAACAGGCCUGCCCCGAGAUGUGCUCUUCCUUCAUUGAUCUUGAGAUCCCAGUGGAAGGAUCUGGGGGAGAGGCGACGCUAGCUAUGCCCGUCUAUGUUGCGGCUGUGGAUUUAUCUUCCUCAGAGGAGUUUUUAGAGCUGAUCAAAAGUGCCCUUUUGGCAGCUCUUGAAGCUCUAGCACCAGGAUCUUUGUUUGGUAUUAUGACAUUCAGUCACAAGAUAGGGCUAUAUGAUAUUCAAGGCCCUAUACCGGUUGUGAAAAAUGUUUUCAUUCCUCCUGAUUCUGAUGGUGCAUUACCAGUUGAUCUUGAAGAUGCCAUGCCAUUACUUUCAUUCUUAGCUCCUGUUGAUGAAUACAAGGAUCGAAUAGCUGCAGCUCUUGAAACAUUGAAGCCAACAACCUCCUGGGAAAGAACCACAGCUGCUGGACAAGGGUUGGAUGGUAUCCUGUUAGGAGGCCGUGGUUUUGGAGUGGCAAUGGAGGCUCUUGUUAAAUACUUGAGUUCAGAAUAUGGGAAUACAUUUGCUUUGGCUAGGGUAUUUGCCUUUCUCUCUGGUCCUCCUGAUUAUGGAGCAGGCCAGUUAGACACAAGAAGGUAUGGGGAACAAUAUGCAAGCAAAGGGGAGGAUGCUGACCUUGCAUUGCUACCUGAACAGACACCAUUCUACAAAGAUCUUGCUGAUGUCGCUGUUCGAUCAGGUGUCUGUGUCGAUAUCUUUGCUGUUACAAAUGAAUACACAGAUUUGGCUUCCCUAAAGUUUCUAAGUAUUGAAAGCGGUGGUUCUUUGUUUUUAUAUUCAAAUACUGAUGACUCAACACUUCCUCAAGACAUUUACCGAAUGCUGAUUCGGCCGUAUGCAUUUGGGUGUAUUCUGCGUUUGAGGACAUCUUCGGAGUUCAAACCUAGUCAUUCUUAUGGCCAUUUCUUUCCAGAUCCUCAAUAUGAAAAUGUUCAACACGUCAUUUGCUGUGAUUCUUUUGCUACAUAUGCUUAUGACUUCGAAUUUUCCAGUAAUGAUGGUCUUUCCAGACAUUCAGACCCUCCUAUUCUACAAAUUGCGUUUCAAUAUUCUAUUAUGGUGCCUCAGGAAGGGCCAUUGAAUGCUCAAUCAGAGUCUAAUAAUAGGCCCAAGUAUUUUGUCCAGAGAAGGUUAAGAAUUCGCACCUUACAGUACACUGUGGCUGCAAACAUUAAUGAACUUUAUGAUAAUGUUGAUUCAGAGAGUAUUCUGUCCAUCCUUGUCCAUAAGGUUAUUUUAGCAUCCUUGGAGCAAGGAGUCAGAGAAGGCAGAAUGCUGCUUCAUGAUUGGCUAGUUAUUCUCACUGCACAAUACAAUGAUGCAUAUAAACUUGCUCAACAUGAAAUUGGAAGUGUGAUUUCCAGUGUUGAUGUUACAUUUACCCAAUGCCCACAGUUGCAGCCCCUACCUAGGCUUGUUUUCGCUUUACUUAGGAGCCCCCUUCUCCGCUUUCAUGAAGAAGGUGUUCAUCCUGAUUACAGGAUAUACUUGCAGUGCCUUUUCAGUGCACUGGAACCGACCUCACUCCAGAGAGCAAUAUAUCCCGUAUUAACUUCAUAUUCUUCCCCUGAUAAACAAGCUUAUCCUCGGCAUUCUUUGAGUCGUGCAGCUCUAAUCACCAGUGGAAGCCCCAUAUUUUUUCUUGAUGCCUUCACAGAUCUUAUUGUUUAUUAUUCAUCGACUGCAGACCCAUCACUUCCCUUUCCUCCUCCCCAAGAUUGCCUCUUGAGAUCUACAAUCAAUAGAUUGAAGCAGGAGAGGAGCAUCACUCCAAAGCUUAAGUUCAUCCGGGGAGGACAGGAUGAUGCCUAUUUAUUCGAAAGCCAUCUGAUUGAGGAACAGGAUGUUGAUGGCAAUGGAAUUCCCAGCAUCGUGGGCUUCGUUUCUUUCCUUGAAGAGGUCACACGGGACGUAAUGGAGUACAUGAAAUAAGAUUCUGAUUUUCAAUCAUAGAGAAUGAAUGAUAUUCUGGAUAAUGAUAACGGAACUUAGAUAUUUUGAACUUUUUUUUUCAUUUGUAACAUGAUGUAGUCCUAUCUUCAUCAACUUUGGAGGUUAUCAUAGUAUUAUUGAUCAGAUACUUGCAGUUGGCGGCAAAUAGUAAUUCAAUCGUUGUAAUAUGAAAGAGUCAAACGGAAAGGAUGUAGUUUUGAGGCUUUUCUGGUUAUUCAGGGAAUGGAGGAUUAAGCACUCUUUCAA